AGUAAUAGUUUACCAAUUAGAGUUCAGCCUCCAGAACCCAAAUAUGGACACACCAGUGUCGCGCAUCCCUCGAGAGCGACAAAAUAACGCUGGAAGUCAACUAGAAGAUACGACGAAAUGGCCGAAGAAAAAACAGCACCCACCAACCCCAUGAAGGAGCUGAAGAUUGAUAAGCUCGUCAUCAACAUUUGUGUUGGCGAGUCUGGUGAUCGCCUCACCCGUGCAUCCAAAGUCCUCGAACAACUCACCGGUCAAACACCCGUCACAUCGAAAGCUCGAUACACCGUCCGUACAUUCGGUAUCCGUCGUAACGAGAAGAUUGCUGUCCACGUCACCAUCCGUGGGCCCAAGGCAGAGGAGAUUCUUGAGCGUGGUCUCAAGGUGAAGGAGUAUGAGCUGCGCCGAAAGAACUUCUCGGAGACUGGCAACUUUGGAUUCGGUAUCCAGGAGCACAUCGAUCUCGGAGCGAGAUACGAUCCUGGAAUCGGUAUCUUCGGUAUGGACUUCUAUGUCGUGAUGGGUCGCCCUGGUGCUCGUGUUGCCAGAAGAAAGGAGAGACGGGCACGUAUUGGGUUCCAGCACCGAGUGAGGAGGGAUGACACCAUGGCUUGGUUCAAGCAGCGGUUCGAUGGUAUUAUUUUGAAAUAAUCGCUGCCACCACUUUCUGCUUCUUUUCCUGAGCGGCAGGCAUCAGGGAUAGUCUACAUAUGCUUUUUUCAUACUGUUGCUGUCGAGGCGAGUUCAACUCGAGGUGAACUCUGUCUGCUACGAAAAUGACCAAACUCGUUUAUCGGAGGUGAAUCGAGUUACAGCCAUGCUUUUAAUUUACCCGCAAAGUCAUCAGUACUCGGUCGUUCAAUGGGCUGCUCAUGAGCGGA